AGUCUUCGUUCCCGACAUACCUGCUUAGCUUGUGGUGGACGUCAUGGCGCGCAAGCGCAAGGACGCUUGCAUGGAUACUCCUUCGUUUCGGAUAUCUGCACCUUUCUCCUCUUCCUUCUUCUACCGUCUCACGUAUCUGUUUUGUUUUGCUUUGUCGCUUUCCGCCCAAACCCUAGGGAUUUCCUUAUUUAUUUUCGAACCUGCUCGUAAUGCUCGGAUGCCUUUGGUCUUCUUCCACCGAGAGUUUGUAACUUGAAGGAUAUAUUCUUUGAUGGCUAUGGUCAUGGUUUCUCAAGGCGUCUACUAUAGCUACUUGAACCCUUCAGGACAUGUUCGGACAUCACAGGAUCUGAGUUUCUCUCGUUUUAUUUCCAAUCUUCAACCAUUAAAGGGUGACGCACUGUCAUCUAAGUUCCUUCAUAUGACCAACUUUUUGAGGGCUGAGGUUGGGCAACAAGAAUCUGGUAAACUUGGUACUAAUGGUCGGGCUAGCAAAAUGGUGUCAACGAAGGAAUUAAUGAAAACCAAGUUUGCUAUCACUCAGGAAAUUGGAUUGGUUAAUGGAAGAGCCAAUGCCAGCACUUUUUUGAAUGGCUCAAAAAGAGUUGAGAAUGGUGUUGGCUUGGUUAAAAGGAGUGACAUAUUAGAUGUAGCUAAAACACCAAAAAAGAAAGUGGCUGAUGAUCUCUCAUCUGUAGACAAGCUAAAAGUUUUACCUUCACAUGAAGGUUUUAGCUGGGCCAAUGAAAACUAUAAUGCUCAGCAAAGGACUUUUGACAUCUGGUUUUUCUUUCUAUCUUUACAUAUUCGGGUUCUGUUUGAUAAUGCAAACUGGGCAUAUCUUGAUGGAUUCACAGAACACAAGCAGAAAAAAAGGCGCGAAAGAACAGCUUCAUGGUGCCGAGAGAGAGUUUUGCAACUUGGACCAACUUUUAUCAAGCUUGGCCAAUUAUUGUCAACAAGAUCUGAUUUGUUCCCUAAGGAGUUUGUUGAUGAGCUUGCCCAGUUGCAGGAUAGGGUGCCGGCAUUCUCUCCUGAAAAUGCUAAAGCAUUCAUAGAAAAUGAGUUGGGUUUGCCAGUUAAUGUAUUAUUCAGGAACUUUGAAGAUCAACCUAUAGCUGCAGCCAGUCUUGGUCAGGUUCAUCGAGCUAUCUUACAUAAUGGAGAGAAUGUUGUUAUAAAAGUUCAGAGGCCUGGUCUCAAGCGGCUUUUUGACAUCGAUUUGAGGAACCUGAAACUUAUAGCUGAGUAUUUUCAGCAAAGUGAGACAUUUGGAGGGUUCUCAAAGGAUUGGAUUGGCAUAUAUGAUGAGUGUUCCAAAAUUUUAUAUCAAGAAAUUGAUUAUAUUAAUGAAGCAAGGAAUGCUGAUAGAUUCCGUCGAGAUUUUCGUAAUGUGAAGUGGGUUCACAUACCUGCUGUGCUUUGGGAUUAUACUUCUACAAAGGUUUUGACACUAGAAUAUGUUCCAGGUUUUCCCCGUUUUCUAACUUUUUUUGUGUGGGUUAUGAGGAACCUCAUUGAAGUUGAGGCACUUAAGCCAACAGGAGACCUGUCAUCAGUGAAAAGGUCCAUACAAUAUUUCUUGGAUAAUCUAUUAAGCCAGUCACCCGAUCAACAACAAACUUUGGCCAAGAUUGGUGAGGAUUUGUUUGCAAUAGCAACAGAUCAGCCUUUACGUUUACCUUCAACAUUAACUUUUGUCAUGAAGGCGUUCUCAACUAUUGAAGGAGCGAAUGCUCGCAUAAAUAAUUCAAAUAUUGAUAUUAGGAUGAGAGAUGAACCUGUUAUGAAACUUGUUAUGAGGAACCUCAUUGAAGUUGAGGCACUUAAGCCAACAGGAGACACGUCAUCAGUAAAAAGGUCCAUACAAUUUUUCUUGGAUAAUCUAUUAAGCCAGUCACCCGAUAAACAACAAACUUUGGCCAAGAUUGGUGAGGAUUUGUUUGCAAUAGCAACAGAUCAGCCUUUACGUUUACCUUCAACAUUAACUUUUGUCAUGAAGGCGUUCUCAACUAUUGAAGGUAUCGGAUAUACACUAGAUCCAGAAUUUUCAUUUAUCAAAGCUGCUGCGCCUUAUGCAAAUGAAUUGCUGUUCAUCCAACAAAAGCAACAAACUGGAGCAGAGCUCGUUAAUGAGAUAAGAAGACAGGCUAAUGAUGUAUGUCGUAAUAGCUUUUGAUCUAUUUUUGUUAUGUUUAUGCCGACUUGGAUUGAAAUUUUUUUUAUUAUUAUUAAAAUAAUUUUUUCUUUAAGUUUCGAAACUUCUGUAGGUUUCAUCGAAUUUUUUCUCACCUAUUAAU